GAUGGACGACAACAGCAGCUUGUACAACGCGUCUGAGCCGUACCGGCCGUACGUGGAGCGGCCGGAGACGUACAUAGUGCCGGCCAUCUUUGCGCUCAUCUUCCUCAUCGGCGUGAUCGGCAAUGGCACGCUGGUCGCCGUGUUCGUCCGGCAUAAGGCGAUGCGGAAUGUACCUAACACCUACAUCCUCUCCCUGGCGCUCGCCGAUCUGCUGGUCAUCAUCACGUGUGUGCCGUUCACAUCCAUCGUCUACACCCUGGAGUCCUGGCCCUGGGGAGCCACCGUCUGCAGGGUCUCCGAGGCAGCAAAGGAUGUCAGCAUCGGGGUGUCAGUGUUCACGCUGACAGCGCUGUCCGCUGACAGAUAUUUCGCGAUCGUGGAUCCGCUGAGGAAACUGCAUGCCACUGGUGGCAGCAAGCGCGCUACUCGCCUGACCGUGGCGACUGCUAUUGGUAUCUGGCUGCUGGCGGGCGCGCUGGCCGCCCCGGCAUACAUCGGCUCCUACCUUCGGGCCUUCGUCGUCAAUCCUACCACACAGUUCCUCGUCUGCUACCCUUACCCGGUGGAAUGGGGGGAGAACUACGCGCGGACCAUGGUGCUAAUCCGCUUCAUCGUGUACUACUCCCUACCGCUGACCGUCAUAGCGCUGUUCUACAUCCUGAUGGCUCGCCACCUGGUGCUCAGCACGCAGAACAUGCCGGGCGAGAUGCAGGGGACGCAGCGACAGAUGCGAGCUCGUCGGAAAGUGGCGUUGACAGUGCUGGCUUUUGUCCUCGUGUUCGCGGCCUGCUUCCUGCCCUCGCACGUCUUCAUGCUGUGGUUCUAUUAUUGUCCAACAGCUCAAGAAGACUACAAUCCGUUCUGGCAUGCAUUGAGGAUCAUCGGCUUCUGCUUCUCCUUCCUCAACAGCUGCGUUAACCCCAUCGCGCUCUACUGCACCAGCGGCAUCUUCAGGAAGCACUUCAAUAGGUACCUGCUCUGCCGCAGCGGGUCGGCGCAUGGGCCGCGGGGCUCCCUCUCCAUAUCCACGUCCAGAAGAAUCACUUCUAGCAGGAAGACCAACAUCAGCAUGGUGCCGAGAACGACUAGUGUUGCGCGCGACAGCAGCAUUCGGCUUUUAAACGGCUCGUCGAAGCUUUGAGGAAGGGACACGCCGCAUUCCGUCGGCCGACCCAAGGACUACAACACUAUCUUCCUGGCACCAUUUCCAAAAUGCUGCGAGAACGACGGGAACCCAGAGACGAAGGAGGCAGAGAGCUUCUUCAUACCACUCGAGAGUUACCGUGGUUAGUGUGAUACAAACUAUGCUAUUAUAAGUAAUUAUAAGGUUGAUUAUAAGUCGUUAUAAGAACGAUAAGUAACUUAUAUAUAGAUUAAGUCUGAGCCCCUUACUAAUAGAAAUGAUUACACGGAGCAUUACUGUAAGGGCUAAAACUUACCGCGACGUCAUCGCGACGUAGCCAGAGACGAUACCAUGGCAACGUCCAAGCAACGUCUGGCGUCUCUACG